UCUUUGGCUCUGAAAUUAUGGGUUACCGGAAACACUUGUCAUGGCUUCUAUGGGUAUCUUCGUUGCACGUUAUGAAGUUCCAAAGAGACCUGAUAGAUAUAUGGGGGAAAAAUUUUAUAAAAAAAACUUACACAAUGAGGAGAAACUAUUUUUCUCUUUCUUCCGGUUGGAGAACGAGACAUCGUUGUUUGCCAAAAAUGAUGCCACCUUGCAGUCACUUUGACUCUGAGAAAAAUCACAGAGCUUGCGCUUCCAGUGAGAGUAGAAGAAGAGCACAAAACAAUAUACAAGAUACUAUUUUUGCUCUAUCGACGCCGCCAGGUCGAGCUGCCUUGGCUGUUGUGCGAGUUAGUGGAGCGCUGUCCUUGCAGUUAUUGGAACGACUUUCCAAAUCAACGGAAUCCUUUGACUUCGUCCCGCGGAAGUUGAUAAGAAAGAGAAUUGUGGAUCCUUUUACGGGCGCUCACCUUGAUGAUGCAAUGAUUACUUAUUUUCGUUCUCCGAACAGUUAUACAGGUGAAGAUAUGGUAGAACUCUAUUUGCAUGGAAGUCCUGCAAUUGUUGCUUCAGUCUUAAAGGUUCUGGAGGAUACUCAAUUGGCUCGUUUGGCGCAACCUGGGGAGUUUACAAGACGUGCGUUCGAGAAUGGAAAGAUGGAUCUCGUUAAAAUUGAAGCUUUAGCUGAUCUUAUCCAUUCUGAAACAACUCUUCAAGUUCAGCAGGCACUCAAGAAUUUAGAUGGAGCUUUGUCAAAUAGACUUUAUGCGUGGAGAGACCAACUUAUGAAAACUUUAGCACAUUUGGAAGGUCUUUUGGAUUACGGCGAAGAAGCAGAACUACCAGAUGACAUAUUUGAAAAGGCAUUUCCUAGUUGUGAGAAGAUAAAAAUAGAAAUUCGUCGAGCUAUUGAAGGAAAGAGUAUAGGAGAAAUGGUUCACGACGGCAUCAAAGUAGCUAUCAUUGGCUCUCCAAAUGCUGGUAAAAGUAGUCUUUUAAAUAUUUUAGCUGUCCCUUUACAAUUAAAUGGCGUGAAAGUUGUCUGCAGCGAUACUGCGGGAAUUCGUGAGGAUGAGGAUGUGGAUAUUGUUGAAAGAGAAGGAAUUCGAAGGGCAUUGGAGAAAGCAUCAGAUGCCAAUAUCAAAAUUAUUGUCCAAGAUGCAAAUCAAUGUUCGGACAAUUUUUUGGAAAGAUAUCCUGAUUUAUUGGAUGAAAACGUUAUUUUUGUUUUGAACAAAUGGGAUCUUAUUGAACAUAAUGGUUUGGAGUUUCGACGGUUGGAACAAAUAUUUAAAGACGAGCAUUCGUGGUUGAAUAGCUUGUUAAAGAGAAACAUUCCAGUCUUGAAAAUUUCCUGUAUGACGGGCGAUGGAAUUCCUCAUCUCAUCGAAACUCUCCACUCUUUCAUUAGUAAAUGGUUCGAAACAGUCGAUUUUCAGGAUGACAGAAACGAGACUGCUAUUGAGCUACUAAUAACUAGACAACGACAUCGAAACUGUCUAAAAGAAGCAUUAGCAGCGCUUGAGCGAUUUGGUGAAUUUCCAAAGACUCCUGCUAGUAUUGUCUUAGCAGUCGAAGAACUUCGACAAGCCAUGAACGAAAUAGGCAAAAUUACGGGUCACGUGGAAACCGAGCAACUUUUGGACGUUAUCUUUCGAGACUUCUGUAUUGGAAAAUAAAGCAGUUUAAAGUUCUGCUCGUUUUGUU